AUGAAUGCUAAUGGUGAGAUUGCGUUCAGUGGAAUGCAACUCAGCCGACAAGGCUUCAGUGGUGCUCAAGUGCGCCAAGGAUUCGAUGCAACUCAAGCUCAAACUCCGCAAGUUGUGAAAACUGGAUAUUUUGAUACGUCAAAUGUCUUUCAUGAUGCUAUCAAGGGAAAGGAUGAGUAUGGCAAUGAUGUCUAUCUUAUUCCAUGUCCUGCUGGUACGACAAAUGUCAAACUUCAAGCCAACUGGCACUAUGCUAGUGAAGAUGAAGAUAUGCCUGAUCUUGCUACUGAAGCAGAUCGAGGUCUGCAGUUUAUACAAAGCCGCAGAAAGGAAAGAGAUCCAUUUGGGUUGUACGAUCUUGUCAUCAUGGACCGUGGUUGUACAAACACCACCAUUUGUAAUGGGGAGCUUAUGCAUGGACUCCGUCAUGCUGAGAAAGAACUUGACAUGCACACGAACGUGGGCAGCAGAGUUCUCGACAAAGAAGGUUUUCUAGGAAGAUUUCCACCUCCAGUUUAUCAGGAUGAAGAUAGAAUUGCCAAUGUACUUGCUAUGCGCAAGAUGAUUGCUGCGGGAUACCGCAUUACUAUGGGUACUGAUGCUGACAAUGCUCUUAUUGUGCAUUGUGAUGGAAACAGAAAGAUGCAAUUUGUGAAUCGUAAGGGUGUGUAUGUGUUGGAGCAACUUGGAGCAAAUAAUGGAUAUCCUGGACUCGAGAUGACCUCCAAAAUGGCAACCGUUCGAAAGAACAAGGAAGGAUUCACUCCAAGACAAGUCAAGGCUGCGAUGGAAGCGAGAAGUGCCAUGCACAUACUCAAUGCUCCAAGCACCAAAAGUCUGAAGUAUGCGAUCCGAUCUGGUCUCAUCAAGAACUGUCCUAUCACCAAAGAAGCGAUCAAUCAUGCCAAAGUAAUCUUUGGACCUGACGCCUCUACAUUGAAAGGCAAGUCAACAAGACCAACUCCAAAGAAGAGGUAG